CAUUAACAGUCCUCCCAUACAAACACAUUGCAUACGCUUUUCAUCACAUUUUGUAAACAAAUAGUCAAUUGUUUACUGAUUUCUCUGCACUUUAAACACAAUUAAGUGUUUUAUUACGUCAACUAAACACACAUUUACAGCACAUUUAGACGGAAAUGAAUACUAGUCUGCGAGCCGUACACCGAUUGAAACACAUUUGCGUUAAUUUGUCAUCCGUGCGCUGCAUGUCUGGCGGAUUGGGAAGUGGGUCCGGAAAGGGCGGAGGGUCGGGCGGUUCGAUUCGCGACGCCGGCGGUGCGUUCGGUAAGCAGGAGGCGGCCCGAGAGGAGGAGUACUUCCGUCGCCAACAGAAGGAGGCGUUGGAGAAAAUGAAGAGCGGUUUGGACACCGAGAAGGAAAGGCUGGAGAAACUCAUCAAAGACCACGAAAAAGAGAUCCAGAAGUUGCAGAAACUACAGAAAGACAAGUAG